AUGGCCACACCCAGCAAAACAAUCGCCGUAAUCGGCACCGGCGUCAUCGGAUCCAGCUGGACAGCACUCUUCCUCACCAAAGGACACAAGGUGAUCGUGACAGACCCGGCCCCAGACGCCGAGCGCAAACUCCACGAGUAUCUGCAGAAGACAUGCCCGACCGUACCGCGAUCAACACUCACAGCGGUGAACUGCUUGGAGAACGUAACAUUCGUCGCGGAUAUCGAUCCGUACCUACCAAGUGUGGACUUGAUACAAGAGAACGGCCCCGAACGCCUCGACAUCAAACGGCCCCUCAUCGCACGCCUCGACGCUCUAACCCCCCCGCACAUCCCGAUCCUCUCCUCAUCCUCAGGCCUCCCCUCAUCAACUUUCAUAACCGAGUGCACGAAUAACCCAGGCCGGAUCCUCAUUGGCCACCCAUUCAACCCACCGCACCUAGUCCCGCUCGUCGAGGUUGUCCCGCACCCCGGCACCAGCGACGAAUACGUAGACGCCGCAUACGCCUUCUACAAGAGUCUAGACAAAGACCCCAUCAUCGUCCGCCAGGAGACGCCGGGGUUCAUAGCGAAUCGUUUACAGGCCGCGCUGUGUGCGGAGGCGUAUAGUCUUAUUGGGCGGGGGGUUGUUUCAGCGCAGGACCUUGACAAAACAAUGACAUCCGGCCUCGGGCUCCGCUGGGCAUUGACCGGGCCCAUCAUGACGAAUACGCUGGGCGGAGGCGGGGACUUCGGGCAUUUCAUGGAUCACUUGGGGCCGGCGCUUAAGGGCUGGGUCUAUGAUAUGGAGGCGCAGGGGUUUGACUUUGAGGAUAAGGAUAGCGUUGAUGCCGUUAAGCAGAGGGUUAAUGGGUGGGUCGGUGGUGUUGAUUUGGCGGGUGUUGAGAGGAGGAGGGAUGAGGGGUUGGUUGGGCUAGUUCAGCGGAAACAGAAUGGAUCGAGGAGGGAAUGA